AAACCAAACCAAAAAAAAAAAAAAAAAAAUACAACUAACCAUAACAAAGAAAAUUUCUAUAAUCGGGUGCGUAAUUUGCGUUUUCAUUAUUUUUUUGUUCUGAAAUAUAGAUAGUGAUGUCUAUAGUAUUAAGAAGAACGUGUUUGAAAGCCAAAAACAAUGUGUUUCCUGCAACAAACUGUAAAAAUAUGCCAUUUUUAUCGUGUUUGAAUUCAUUUCUGUUUCGGCCGUUCAGUGAAGAUAAUAAAUCAAAUCAGCCAGAGUUUAUUAACAGUACAAUAAUGGUGGAAACUGGACUGAACGUCCAGGAGCUUCCUGUGGUUGUGCGGAAACUGAAGAAUAUAACAGAAAUCGAUGAUAUACCAGCCGCUGAAGAUACUCCAACUGCCCAGGAUUCUGUCAAUUAUCAUCUUAUUCAAGCGGAAUUUAAGCAGUGCGUUGAUCUGCGCGAUGUAUUUUCAUUACUGACUAAGUGUACUAAAAUAACUCCGAACAUCGCAUUGGGUGCUAUGGAACGAAUUCAUGACCUAGAGAAGAAUCCUGAAACUCCAAUAGGCAUUGACAACAAUACUCACGUUAACAUGGCCAAAGGUGCUAUUUUAGAUAAACUUGUAAAAGUUGUAAUAAAGACUGAAGACACCCAGACAAUACUAAAUGUGCUUAAAACUGUUUCUACAUUUAUGGAUCCUUAUAAAUACAAGUUUUGUAAUGAACUGUUGCUGAGAGCUAUCGAUAACAGGCUAUCUAUAGAGCAGUUAUGUGAAUUUAUACAGUUUUUGACGUCAAAUAAAAAUGAUCCAAAAUAUUCUGAAACAAUAGAUAAGCUCUGGGUUGGAUUUGUUCAGAGAGAAGCUGAGAUAAAUGAAUUAAAUAUUGUAGGAAUAUUCUCCAUACUACCAGCACUAAAAGUCAGCAAAAAAGCAAUACUAAACUUAUUAGAACAGAAGUUCUUUGAUAUUUGGAGUAAGAUUGAUGUGAUUGCCAUGCAAGACAUUCUGAACAGUUUUUUGGAAGAAAAGUACUCUUCUAUGCAGUCAUUUGCUGCAGUAGGUAGAUGGUUGUACACAAACAUUCAUGCAUUAGAUGAAGAUUCUUUACUUGAUAUUUUAACAAAGCUUACCAGACUCAAUUACACUGAUGUUCAUAUUGAAAAAGCUGUUGAAAAAUAUAUGAAACUCAAGGGUUCAAGAAUAGAAUCUCACAUACUCAUUGUAGGAGUUCUCAACUACUGCAUGCAGUUCCACAUUAGAAAUGAUCAUAUUUUAAACACAUGCAGCGAAUAUUAUUUAAGAAGAGAAAAUGAUGUUCCACCCAGUUUUCUAAAAUCAUUUAUAUAUCCAUUUGGAUUUUUGUGUUUUAAUCCUAAGAGUACACAGUUUUGGGAUGUAGCAGAGACAGAAUUACAUGAAAAGUUGGAUAAAAUUCCAACUGAUGAUCUAGCUUCUAUGGUUCUUUCCUUAAUUUAUAUUGGGAAGUAUCCAGUUGAUUUGGUAAACAAAAUACUAAUCCCUGAAUAUUUAGUAAAGGUUAACAGCCCUGACACAUUGAAAAAACUACACUUGAUUGACACAGCAUUAUCACUAGAGUGUCUAGAAUAUUCUGGUCCACUUCUACCUAAAGAUCAGUGGUCUAAACCUAUUUCCUUAGAUGCUCGUGUUAAGAAUAUAGUAGAGAAAAUGAGAGAUUCCCUAGUUGCAGCGUCAGGAGGAGCUGACAAGGUUUCAAUUGGUGUGUUGGUCCCUUACAUGUACUCUGAUGUAACAUAUUUAAUAGAUGUUAUGUUACACCCAGCAGGUUUGGGUAGCAACACAUUUAAUUGGAAGCUGAAAUCAGCUAAGAAUGAGAACACAGCCAUAUUGAUACAUCUUCCAGACCACUACUGCUCAGAUAACGAAAGUCUCAUUGGUCCACAAGUUUUGAGAAAAAGGUUGUUGAGACUUUUGGGUUUUAAAGUUGUAAGUCUAAAAUAUUCUGUGAUCAGUCAAUUAUACACUUCAUUCAAUACCAGUGGGUUGAAGAAAUAUCUCAGUGACAGCAUCCAUGAUGCAGAGUCCAGUGAUCGAAAUUAAAUGAAAUUAGUACAAAUUAUCACUAACUUCCAUUUUGUAUAGAUUAGUAGGUAUAAUAUACUUUGUAGUUCCAUAAGUAAAUAGAGAUAGUGUAGGCAAUUGUGCAAUAAAUGUGGUUAACUUUUACAGUGAUAAAUUAACUAGUGGGUAUAUUUUUAUAAUAUAUUUACAUGUUGUUUACAGUACACUAUAAUGUUUGUGAUAUGAUCUAGUUGGAUAUCAAUUAGCUUAAGUAUAAGGGUUUUUUCCAAACAUGUCCGAAUAUGUCCAUGAUAUUUUGAUUAUGUGUAGAAGGAAAGGAUUUCAAUAAAAAAAUAUAAUAUGUUAUAA